AAAAACAAAAACAAAACAACGACAACCCUCCCUCGGUACUGUCGCGUAUAUUCGCUUUAAACGGAGCCCUAAUGACAUCACAUUGCUGCAAUGCUGCGCUGUCCAUGAAAUGUGUCAGUCGUUUCCUGUGAUAACCAAGGAAGUGUCCACUGGCUGCUCGAGACAUCAUCAUGGCGUGACUAACCGGGCUCGUAUUUGGGCAGGUGGACGUUUUGCAUUAUCAGACAUUGGCUGCCUAUUUUUGUUUGUUUGUUUGUUUGUUUUUCUUCCGGGAUACAGAAGAUUUCCCCACCGCAUCCCGCCAGGAGAAACCAAAGAAGCGGACGGAGCAAGUCGUGAAAGCCUAAGUGUCGCUUCGAGAAGAGCUGCAGUUCUCCAUCCGGACACCAUCUCUUUUCUCUCCCUCUCUCUUUUCCUCGGCUUACGGCGAUACAUAAGAGGCGGGAGAUGUAAGGAGAAUGUAACCCACCUUGCGAUAUCUAUUUUUUGAGGGAAUAUUUUGUGCUAUAAAACAGCACGCGGGAGACUUAUUGGUGCCACCAGACAUUUCCAUCCCUGCUCCGACGCAAACCUCGGACUAUCCCGAGUUUUUACCCCCCUCUUUUCCUCCUCUCUCUUUGGAUUUGGCGGAUUUCAGCUAUGCAUCUGCAGCCUUUUAAGCCACAACCAGGACCCUAGUGGGAUUUUAGGUGCGGUUUUUCUCGUCCCGAUACAGUGUUCCUGUGAAAACAGAGAAUAGUAAAAUCCUCAGCUGAAUGCCUGCGGCCUUUUUGUGCGGUAAAGAGGCCCGUCCUUGGCACGGAGAACCCGGUGAGCGGCAUCCACCACCGGCCAGUGUUCGGGAGUUUUGUUUUUCAUAACAUUUGGAGUCCUUGGCAUCGCCCUGACUGUCUGGCAGCUGCCUGUUCAGGAUGCUGCAGCUGAACCUGUGAUGGACACCAGGGCUUGAUAUUUGUGCCUGCAAAAUAAUCACCAAUGGACCGGCUGGUUCUGUGCGUGCUGCUGUGUGCAGCACUGGUGAAAGGCUACAGCUGCCCCGGCCGCUGCAUCUGCCAGCAUCUCUCGCCCACUCUGACUCUGCUCUGCGCAAAGACCGGCUUGCUGUUCGUGCCCCCCACAAUCGACCGCAAGACCGUGGAGCUGCGGCUCACCGACAACUUCAUCACCAUCAUCCGUAAGAAGGACUUCCUCAACAUGACCAGCCUGGUCCACCUCACCUUAUCUCGCAACACCAUCAGCCAGAUCGUGCCCCAGGCCUUCCUGGGCCUGCGCUCGCUCCGGGCGCUCCACAUGGACGGGAAUCGGCUCAGCGUCAUAAAGAGCGAUCACUUCAAAGGCCUCGUCAACUUGCGGCACCUCAUCCUCGGGAACAACCAAAUCCACCAGGUGGCCUCGACCUCCUUCGACGAGUUUGUCGCCACCAUCGAGGACUUGGAUCUGUCCAACAACAAUCUGCGCGGCCUUCCCUGGGAGGCCAUAGCCCGAAUGACUAACAUUAACACACUCACCUUGGACCAUAACCUUAUCGACCACAUAGAAGCGGGGACUUUCACUUUGCUCACUAAGCUGGUCCGCCUGGACAUGACUUCUAACCGGCUGCAGAAGCUUCCGCCGGACAGCCUGUUCCAGCACGCCCAGGUUCUGUCGGAUGCCAAAGGUUCCAGCUCAUCCACAUUGGCGGUGAGCUUUGGCGGGAAUCCCCUCCACUGCAACUGUGAGCUGCUAUGGCUGCGCCGGCUGACGCGGGAGGAUGACUUGGAGACCUGCGCCUCGCCGGAACACCUCAUGGACAAAUAUUUCUGGUCGAUACAGGAGGAGGAGUUCAUCUGCGAGCCCCCGCUGAUCACCAAGCACUACUCCUCUAAGCCUUAUGUGAUGGAGGGCCAGGGUGUAACUUUAAAGUGCAAAGCCAUGGGGGAUCCAGAUCCAGACAUUCACUGGAGGUCACCGGAUGGCAAGCUGGUGCACAACAACUCGCGCACCAUCCUGUAUGACAACGGCACCCUUGACAUUCUCAUCACCACGCUGAAGGACAGCGGGUCGUUCAACUGCGUGGCGUCCAAUGCUGCCGGCAUCGCCACGGCCGCUGUGGAGAUCAGCAUGAUCCCCUUACCCUUGUUUGUGAACAACACCGGCCACAUGCGCGAGGACCCCGGCCUCUCCGACAUCACCACUUCCUCCAAAGCUGGCAAUGACACAAAAGGCUACGACAAGCAGGACAGAAGGGUCCUGGUCACGGAGCUGACCUCGUCCUCCGCCGUGAUCCGCUGGCCGUCUGAACGCCACAUACCUGGGAUCAGGAUGUACCAGAUUCAGUACAACAGCACUGCAGACGACACUUUGGUGUACAGAAUGAUCCCGUCUACCAGCAAAAACUUCCUCAUCAACGACCUGGCUGCGGGACGGGAGUAUGACCUCUGCGUGCUGGCCGUGUACGACGACGGCAUCACGUCGCUGACGGCCACGCGCGUGGUCGGCUGCGUGCAGUUCCACACGGCCAACGAGGUCAGCCAGUGCCGCUUCAUGCACAGCCAGUUCCUGGGAGGCACCAUGAUCAUCAUUAUCGGCGGCAUCAUCGUCGCUUCCGUGCUGGUGUUCAUCAUCAUCCUGAUGAUCCGCUACAAGGCCUACGGCAGCCCCGUGGACGCCAAGGCCAAGCCCAGCUCCGCCAUGCACUCGCAGACCAACGGCAGCCAGCAUCGGCUGCAGAGCUCGGCGUCCAAGCAGCCGUCCGACGAGGGCGAAGUGCCGGCGCCCAAAGAGUGCAUGGCUCUGGUGUUGAGGGUGGACAGCGAGAAGAAUGAGGACCUGGCGGCCGCGACGGCGGUCCUCGAAGUGGAGCUGCCCCCAAAUGCGGACAAGAUGAAGAGAAGGAGCAGCCUGGAUGCUCAGCGCUCCGGGCCGCCAUCUGAGGACACGCAGACGGACAGCAGCCUGACCGGCUCCACCAUGUCCCUCUGCCUCAUAGGCUCCAAUGCCGGCACUAAGGAGGCGCCCAGGCUUAAGGACAAGAAAAGCGCCCUGGCCAGCGUGGGGUUACUCCCCAACGAGCUGGCACGAACUAGGCACAGAUUCUCUUUCGAUGGCGGGGAUUACUCCAUAUUUCAGAGUCACAGUUACCCGCGCAGAGCGAGAACGAGGUGGCACAGGUCCACCAACCAGCUCAACACGGAGUCAUCGCCGCUCGCCAACAGGAGAGUUACAUUCAGCAGCACUGAGUGGAUGCUUGAGAGCACGGUUUGAGGAAAGCAGUGUAGCAAAAAAAAACCAACAAAGAAACGUUUUAAAAAAGGCACAAACGUAACAUGUAAAAACACGAAACGUCUACAUGCCAUACAGCACAACGAUGAUUAAAAACAAGCACAUUUAUGUACUCAUGCUGACUUCCUGUGAGUUGCUGGAGGAGAACAGUAUCCCGUCAUCCUGCUUCCUCCCCAUCGUGCUCCAAGAGAGGUUUACUUGGGCCAUGACUCUUCUUCUUUGUUUUUUUUUUUGUUUUUUGGGGGGUUGUUUUGCAGCGGUGCCUUAUUCUUUUAAAUGUAUGAAUGGAGGAUGCUGCUCACUGUAGUCACAAACCUCCCACUCUUGACGGCGGUGGGAAGUGUUGUUUUUGGCUUUUCGGUUUUCACCGUUUUCUGUGGCACACCAACGGGGGGAGAGGGAUGUGGCAUUUGGAUGUGACUGUUUAAUUGUUAAAAAAAAUUAAUAAUAAUCAUAAAAAAAAAAAAAACUUCAUUAAGCAGUAACUUGUAAAGUGAACAGCCAGGUACCCUGUUAUGUCAAUCAUGUUUUUGUUUUUUUGUUUUGAUCAGGAAAAAAAAAAAACUUUUGCACAGAAGACACGAGAUACAAGGACAAGUAUCAACACCAGUCUAUACAAUAUUAAUGACAAAAAAAGCAGAGUUUACUUUUUUUUUCGAAUGCUCAUUUCUAAUGUUAGUGGAUAAAAAGGGGUUGAUGUGAGAUUCUGCUAUGGGCGGUCAGACUGUGCGAUGUUGAAUAGGUAUUGUUCCAGACGUGACUGUAUAUUCAUCGGUACUGUAUCUGGCUGGUCUAGAUAAAAGACGACAAACAAACAAACAAACAAACAAA